AUGAGUCGUAAUGAUGCAUUACAAUCUCUGGCAAAUUUGCGGUCUGAGUGCCUUUCCAAUGUUUGUUAUGAUACUCAAUUAAAGCGUCUUGAAAGGGAACUGCAUGAUGAACAAGAUAAAACCAAGCAACUUGAAUCUGAGCUAACGGUUGCCGAAACAAAAAUCUUACAACUCGAACAGGUACUAAACCUACACGAGUUAGAACAAAAGAGUAAAGAAACUGACAAUGGGCUUUGUCAUGAUCAUUCCUGCAUUAUUUUGGAGACACUCAGCACUAAUUGCAUUAGAAAUCAACACGCGCCUCCGACUCAAGAGAAUACCUGUACUAAUAAAUAUAUUACAUCUCAAGAAUUACCACCUAACCCUCGAAUACCACCAAAACAAGUUGAUAAGCAGGAGCCUCAAAAACAUGCUGGUCAAGUAAGUCAAUUCCCAAAACAUACGGAAAUUUCGGACAUAACUAACUGUUAUGCCAUCCCGACUCGCGUUACCCAUAGAACACCAUCAAAGAAAUCGACGUGGCGACGAAAUAAACAUGGCGCUAGAAUCAACCAGACUGAGGAGGGUUUUCGCAAGGACAAAUGGAAAGCCAAUAUGAGGUUUUUCCAGUAUUAUUACUAG